CGGAUUAUAAAGUAACUAGUCAGUCUUCAUAAAUCAUUUUCUCAGUAAAGCUAAAGAGAUUAAUAAUUAAUAACAAUAAUUACGAUAAUUGCGAACAAUUGCGAAAAAAAGAAAAACAAUAGUUACUUAAUAUAAGGAAGAGAACAAAAAUUGUCUCUUCUACCAACAGUGAGUUUAAAAUUGAGUAAAUAGUUAUUACCGACACGAUUUGUAAUCGAUUAAUUGUCGAAUUUUAUUGUAGGUGUUUUUGGAAUAAGCUCCUUUAAAAUAAAAUAAUUGAUGGGUUUCUUCUACUAUCUACAGAGAUACACGUUUGUGGCACUAAUUCCCUCCGUUCUACUUUAUUCAGUCUACGCAGAUUAUACUCACACACAGAAGUGGAAGCAGAGCAAACAACAAAAUGAGACUGGAGGGAGCAGCUUAUAGACGAAUGUGGAUUAAAUUCUACACAAUAACUUUUGGCGGUUUUGCUUCGGCUUUAGCUGUUGGUACAAUUUUGGAUAGGAAAGAAGCUGAAAGAAUGACCAGAUUUCGUGAUAAAUCCGCUCUUUUUGGUAGAAAAUUAGCACCUGGUGAACCGCCAUCGUGGCCGUAGAAACAUUUUUUUUGCCAAACAAAAUUAUUACAAAAUUUCGAGUUUUCAUUCAAUAAAUAUGUAGAAUAAUUAAAA